AUGUCGGACUCGACGCAGAACCUGGCCAACAACGCGGAGAUGAACAUUUCCCUAGAUGAUGUGAACGAUGUGAACGCGAUCGCGGAGGAUAAGGAAGACGAGUCAGGCGGGUCGUCCCCCGAGGACACAAACCUGCGCUCCAUGGUCUUCAACAACCACAAGAACCACAACAACGGCACGAGCAACGGGACGCCCAACGUGGUCAAACUAGUCCACAAGUACCCCAAACCUGUGGACCACAAGUGUCGCGUGGUUGAGGGAACCCCACUUCCCAUGCUGGAGGGAAACAAGACGAAUGCCUGCUUUGAAUUCAACUUUGAAAGAAACUCUUCGUCAUGCAGUCCUCAAAACCCAGAUGACUGUUCCUUGAUUAAAUGUCGGGACGGAUGGGACUUUGACCCGACUGCUCCUGCUUCCAUCGUUUCCGAUUUUGACCUGGUGUGCGAAAAGGACGUGUAUCCGUCCAUCGGCCUGUGCAUAUUCCAAAUCGCGAAUGGCCUGGGGAUGCCAAUUUUUGGAUACGUCGCCGACAGGUUUGGCAGAAAGAAGUCUUUCAUGCUCGGUCUCGGGAUACAGAUUUCGGCGACAGCACUGGCUUCCUUGUCAACAAAUGCGACGACGUUUUUCAUCGCUCGCUUUUUUGUAGGACUUACUGUUCCUGCCUGUUUCUUAGUUCUCGGAAUAUACGGUAUG